AUGACCUUGAACCCAGCCUUCGAAAGUGAUUACCCAGGCACCGAGCACGAAGCCGAAUCCGUUUUUCUAGACAAUGAAAGGCAAGAAGUGGAAAAUGAGACACUGGGCUACGGUGACGCCGACAAAUACGGCUGUUGGCAUCGAUUUUGUGCAUUCACACGAAGCACGUUCUUAUUCUUUGCCUUCGGAAUAAUGGACUCCAAGGCCUUUUACAUGACUCAAGCAGUGAGAGACGUCCUGUUAAAUAGGCCGGUGCCUGACGAAGACUUAACCAUGUCGUCCGUUAACUCAAUCGACGACUUAUGGAAGGUUGUACGGGGACCAUUAUUUGAAGAGUUGUACGAAAACAAGUGGUAUAACGAUGAAUUUAUGGACCUAAAUGAAACCUACUACAUCGGAUAUGAGUCAGUUCGUCUGGGAUUAGUCCGCAUUCGGCAACUCCGCAUGCCUAGCAACUCGUGCGUAAUUCCCGAUGACUUCUCAAGUCAGAUUAAAACCUGCUACGCGACCUACGUUAUGGGGCAGGAAGAUAGGGCACCUUAUGGCCCAAAGAAUUCAACUGCGUGGACGUUUACACCGGGAGAUGAACUUCAGAUGGGUUCUCAUUUUGGUUUGGUGGCAGUCUACGGCGGAGGUGGGUACUACGUGGAUUUGUCCCAGGACGUGGAAGUCGCCUCUCAGCAACUGCAAUACCUCUUCGACAAUUUGUGGAUUGACAGAGGAACAAGCGUUGUUUUCAUCCACCUUACAGUUUACAACCCCAACAUGAAUCUGUUCUGCGUUGUCUCUCUAGUCCUGGAACUGCCAUCAACGGGAGGCGUAGUGUUCAGUAGUAAUUUUCGGACAGUCAAGCUCUUGCGGUACGUCCGAACACAGGACUACGUGGUGCUGGUCUUCGAAUGCCUCUUUCUACUCUUCAUUGUCUACUACGUUGCUGAAGAAAUAAUUGAGAUCACAAAGCUUGGCUACAAGUACUUCAGAAAGUUCUGGAAUGUUCUUGACAUCCUGGUGAUCGUCCUCUCCUGUGUUUGCGCAGCAUUCAAUAUUUAUCGCACCAUUCGAGUAAAUGAGACCCUGGAGAGCCUUCUAUCACAUCCAGACGAGUAUUCAAACUUUGAGCGGCUAAGCUACUGGGAGAUGCAAUUCACGUAUGCAGUCGGCAUCCUCGUAUUUCUGGUCUGGAUAAAGAUAUUUAAGUACGUCAGUUUCAACAAAACCAUGAACCAACUGAACCUCACGUUGGGCAGCUGUGCAAAGGACAUUGCCGGAUUCGGUGUGAUGUUCUUCAUCGUCUUUUUCGCCUUCGCCCAGCUGGGCUACCUGGCGUUUGGAACACAAAUCACCGACUUCGGGACCUUUGCGGUGUCUGUGCUGACUCUGUUUCGUAUUAUUUUGGGAGACUUUGACUUCCAGGCCCUUCGAGAAGCUCACAGCGUCCUCGGUCCGUUCUAUUUUCUUGUUUAUACGUUCUUUGUGUUCUUCGUCCUCAUAAACAUGUUCAUAGCGAUUAUCAACGACACAUACCUGGACGUCAAAUCCAACCUUCUAAGUCAACCCAAUGAGUUCCAAAUGAAGUCCUUCUUCAAAAAGCGUCUAAAGGAAAUGCGUCGGAAGAUGAAGCAGAAAAAGACUCAACUCCAAGAGAUUCAAGAUGCCAUCGAUGCUGUGGGAAUUGACGAAUGCGACAUGACCAUUAACGAUUUGAGAGCCGAAAUGAGCGAUGAGGUUGGAGGGGACUCGCUUGAGGAGAUUUUCCGCAGAGCUGACGCAGACAAGAACAUGAAGCUCGAUGCUAACGAGCGUAAGGCACUGCUUGAAUCCCUAGAGAACAAAAAGAUGUGUCUGAUGGAAGAAAUGUUCAACUUCCAAGAAGCUGAAAUAGGCCACUCCUAUGAGCAGGUGUCCAAAAUGCUCAGCACCCGCGUGGCAAGCAAGGAGGAGGUGAAUCGAGCCUACGUGCGUCUCAUUCGACUUGAAAGCUGCGUCAAAAAUGUAACCGAGAGGCUGCGCAGCAUUGUUGACAAACUGGAACAAAACGAGGAAGUUAAGAAUAAGCGAACCGAACAAAUGCGCGGUCUCCUAGAGAACCUGAUAUCGGCCAUGAACGUACCCCCACCGCCGCCAAUUGCUGACAAACAGUUCAGCUACGAGAGUGACAGAACGGUGACAUCAGCAGCCGGCGACGUGCGAAAGAGGUCGCAGAGUAUACUGUCGAUGAAAAGGCUGAGCACCUUUGUAAGUUUGACUUGGCAGAUAUCUGUGAAGAACUAG